AAUAACACUGUGACUAGGUCAGCCAAUGGGGACGACUGGAAGAACACGCUCCCAAAAAAGAUAUUUGUUGUCCAAUGGUUUGCUACGUAUUACUUGUAAAUGGUUCGUUAGUCUGUAAACAAUUAGUAAAAAUGAGCAAUGCAAUAGGUAGUCGUUUUCUCAAUGGUAGUUGUGUCUGCCGGAGAGUCUUGAAAAUAUGCGGCUUUAGAUGUCUGGUCCCUCAGCAACAUGAUGCAGCUCAUUCACAAAGAAAUGUCAUGACAGCUCAUUCAAGGUUUCCACCGGUGAAAGAGUUAACUUCUUCCUAAAUUUGGCGUUUUCAAUGGACUGGAAUUCAGAUGCAGUUGUCAGGCAGGGCUGGAGGUACAAUGAAUGUAUUUGACACGACUAUACUAUGAAGAGGAGUCAGAAGAAAUGGGCUGCAUCAAUACAAGACAGUGACAAAUAUGACUAUCUGAAGAGAUGAGGAAGUUUGUUGAGCAGCUCUUCUUAAUUGGCAUCUCAGAAAAGUCUUUGAGAAACACAAGAGAAAGUGAGAUCCCUACCCGCUGUGUCAUGUGCGAUGAAGAGUUUCUGCCCUUUAAAGAAAACACAUUUGAUCUGGUGGUCAGCAGCUUGAGCCUACACUGGAUCAAUGAUCUCCCUGGUGCCUUGGGACAGAUAACUGACAGCCUCGUCCUGAAGCCAGAUGUAUUGUUCAUGGGGGCCAUGGUGGGCGCGGAGACCCUGUACAAGCUGUGCUGCUCCCUGCAGCUGGCUGAGCUCGAGCGGGAAGGGGGAUUCUCCCCUCACGUGUCCCCCUACAUGGCCGUCACAGACCUGGGCAACCUGCUGGGCCAGGCAGGCAGGCUUCAGUAUGCUGACAGUGGACAUUGAUUAAAUUUAAGUGCACUAUCCUGGGAUACUUGAGGUCAUGAGUGACCUGCAAGGAGAGCAACUGCACUUGGAACAAGAAGUCCAUGUUGAACAGAGACACCAUUUUAGCUGCAGCUUCAAGGUGAGCUACAUAGUGGAGAAAGACAUACUUGAAAUGAAACCGUCUUAUACUAUUAUUAUUAUCAUCCAUACAGUGCAUUCGGAAAGUAUUCAAACCCCUUGACUUUUUCCACAUUUUGUUACAUUACAGCCUUAUUCUAAAAUUGAUAAAAUAACUUUUCCCCCUCAUCAAUCCACACACAAUACCCCAUAAUGACAAGACCAAAAACAGGUCUUUAGAAGUGUUUGCACAUUUAUUACAAUAUAAAAAGUAAAUAUCACAUUUACAUAAGUAUUCAGACCCUUUACUCAGUACUUUGGCAGCGAUUACAGCCUUGAGCCUUCUUGGGUAUGACACUACAAGCUUGGCACACCUGUAUUUGGGGGGUUUCUCCCAUUCUUUUCUGCAGAUCCUCUCAAGCUCUGUAAGGUUGGAUGGGGAGCGUCACUGCACAGAUAUUUCAGGUCUCCAGAGAUGUUUGAUCGGAAUCAAGUCUGGGCUCUGGCUGGGCCACUCAAGGACAUUCAGACUUGUCCCAAAGCCACUCCUGCUUUGUCUUGGCUGUGUGCUUAGGGUUAUUGGCCUGUUGGAAGGUGAACCUUCGCCCACGUCUGAGGUUCUGUGUGCGGCAGGUAGCCUUGUGGUUAGAGCAUUGGGCCAGUAACCGAAAGCUUGCUAGAUCGAAUCUCAGAGCUGACAAGGUAGAAAUCUGUCGCUCUGCCCCUGAACAAGGCAGUUAACCCACUGUUCCUCGGCCGUCAUUGUAAAUAAGAAAUUGUUCUAAACAAAAAAAAAAAUAUUAAGAUGAACAAAGUACAUCUUAGAGCAUGUUCUCAUCAAGGCUCUUUUUGUAAUUUGUUCAUCUUAAUUAAAGAAAAAAAACGUUUUACCCCCUUUUUCGUGAUAUCCAAUUACAAUAUCUUCUCAUUGAUGCAACUCCCCAAUGGGCUCCGCAGAGUCAUGCGUCCUCUGAAACACGACCCACCAAACCACGCUUCUUAACACCCGCCCGCUUAACCCGGGAAGCCAGCCUCACCAACGCCCAAUUUGUCAGUUUUUGAUUUGUCAAAAAGUUUGAAAUAUCCAAUAAAUGUCGUUCCACUUCAUGAUUGUGUCCCACUUGUUGUUGAUUCUUCACAAAAAAUACAGUUUUAUAUCUUUAUGUUUGAAGCCUGAAAUGUGGCACAAGGUCGCAAAGUUCAAGGGGGCCGAAUACUUUCGCAAGGCACUGUAUCAACAGAAAUUCAGUGUAAGCCAGACAGUGAUUGAGAAAGGCUACAACACUGUUGUAACAGUGACUGAUAUACAUGCUGCAUGACAGAUGAUUUGUUUCUCAAUUAAUAGCAAAUGCAUACAUUUCUACAUUACAUUUAUCAUUUGUCUUGUGUUCCUGUCUUACCAUGCUUCAUGUUCUUAAAAUAAAUGCUAUGAUAUUUAAUCUCCACUUUAUGCCAGAUGAUGGAUUGUAAAUGUGUACUGUUUAUACAGUGUGUACAUCUGAAGGUAAUACUAUGUCAGAAGUGGAGAAAUUUGUACUCAAAUGCCAAAUGUGGUGAAAGAGCUCUAUUUUCAUGUCAUCUGACCACAGCACCGCCUGGAGUUUGAUAAACGGCAUUGGUAUUUGGACCAUCAAGAGCAUCCUCACUGGUUGCAUCACCGCCUGGUAUGGCAACUGCUUGGCAUCCUACCGUAUGGUGCUACAGAGGGUAGUGCGACAGCCCAGUACAUCACUGGGACCAAGCUUCCUGCCAUCCAAUACCUAUAUACUAGGCGGUAUCAGAGGAAGGCCCAAAAAAAUAGUCAAAGACUCCAGUCACCCAAGUCACACUGUUCUCUCUGCUACCGCAGGGCAAGUGGUACCGGAGUGCCAAGUCUAGGUCCAAAAGGCUCCUUAACAGCUUCUACCCCCAAGCCAUAAGACUGCUGAACAAUUAAUCAAAUGGCCACACGGACUAUUUACAUUUACACUUGGCCGCAAGUGGACCUUCCAGCAAGACAAUAACCCCAAUCACACAUCGAAAUCCACAAAUAACAUUUACAAUGGCCAUCUCAGUCUCAAUUGAAAACCUGUGGUUUAAAGUGAAGAGGGCAGUGUUUAAGCUCAGACAAAUUAUAUCAAGGAUCUGGAAAGAUUAUGUAUGGAGGAAUGGUCUAAGAUCCCUCCCAAUGUGUUUUCCAAUCUCAUGAAACAUUUUAGAAAAAGGCUCAGUGUCAUUAUCCUCGCAAUAGUAGGGUGCUGGAGUACUGAAAAUGGGUGCCAAUAAUUAUGACCCCAAUCUAUUUUAGAUUGUUGAAGCAUUAGAAGACAAAGGAUCUUUCAAACUCAAAUGGUGUCAUCAUGGUGGUCUCUGACUUGUGGCCAGACUCACUCAGGUGGAACAAACAAACUUACACCUUUUUUCAACUCUGAAUUGAAUGUCAUUGAGAAAACCGAAAGGUGUCAAAAUAUAUUUUUCCGACAACAUCCUUUGUGAAUUUCAAAGUAAUCCAAGAAGUAACAAUCUCAUUUUAUUUCUUCAUAAGUAUCCGUAAUCAAUAUUUUAGCCGUUAACACGUUUUUUUGUAAUCGGAUUACGUGUAAUCAGCUACUCCCCAAAACAUGUUUGUCAGUCAGACAUUACACAGCCAAUUUACUGAGCAGAGAUGUUCAUUUGUAUACACUUUCUCGUCUUUGGGUAUUUCUGCAGUGCCUGUACUGGUAAAUACAUUUUGAUGUGCUCAAAAGCAAUGUCUUUCUUUGACGUUGUGGUGCGUGAAAGUAUUAAGCUGCUGUGUUAUCAUGAGCUCAGUAUUUGGAGUAAACGACACAAUUGCCCACCAUCUAUUGUUGUAUCCUCAGAUCUAGAAGUCAUUGUUAAUUCAUGUUCCUUAUGACAAAGAUAAUCAAGCAGACAGUGCCUGAGAGGAAUGCAGCUACCCUGAGCUGGAAACACCCGGUGGGGAGCAGAGAAAUAGAUGGUCGACAUUCUCAUUGUUCAAGAUGAAGUCUACGUCAAAUACAUUUCUGAUCCAGGCAAACAUGGUUCAACAACAGACAAAGGCAUUGGUUAUAGUUAGAGUGAAAACCCCAGACUGGUACACAUACUACUGCAAUUGGCAACCAAUGGCAGAUCAAAGAGUUACAUAAAAAUCUGCAAAAGAGGUCCCAACAUACCCCACCACAGAGUGGAACCAAUAUAAAUGUACAAAGCAGAACAAAUACAUGUGGAAAAUAGAGGACCAACAACCUCCCAUAGCCCGUUGGAUAGUGUGUGUUGCUUUAGUCAAUGGUUUUGGAGUUCUUGUGAAUGACAACGAUUAUCUUCUUUCUGAUAUAUUGGUCAAAAAGGAGAGCUGCAGCCAUUGGUGAAACUACUAUUGAAGACAUCGAGAUGGGGCCAUGAGUUUGACCGCGUGAAUUUAGGGCUCUACAGCGAGGUCGCGACCACCGUGUUCAUUUUUAAAAAUUAUCUUGCUCAAUUUCAAGAUUGUCAGUUGUAUCAAUUAAUAAUCCCUUGUUUCUGUUGGAAUAUAUGAAGAAGAAAAAACAACCGAAGGUUACACAGAAGUUAACUACUUGUCUGUCUGUCAAUGUUGUGUGCCGAAUUGUAAAAAUGUUGUGUUAUUUCUUAAACUUGAGAUGUGCAGCGUCCAAAUGAUUUUUUCUUGUACUAAUAGUACAGUGCAUUCAGAAAGUAUUCAGACCUCUUGAUUUUUUCCACUUUGUUAAAUUACAGCAUUAUUCUAAAAUGGAUUACAUCCUUUUUCCCCACUCAAUCUACACACAAUACCCCAUAAUGACAAAGCAAAAACAGGUUUGUAGAAAUGUUGGCAAAUGUAUUAAAUAUCAAAAUGGAUAUAUCACAUUUACAUAAGUAUUCAGACCCUUUACUCAGUACUUUGUCAAAGCACCUUUGUCAGCGAUUACAGCCGUGAGACUUCUUGGGUAUGACGCUACAAGUUUGGCACACCUGUAUUUGGGGAGUUUCUCCAAUUCGUCUCUGCAGAUCUUCUCAAGCCCUGUCAGGUUGGAUGGAGAGCGUUACUGCACAGCUAUUUUCAGGUCUAUCAAGGGAUGUUCGAUCUGGUUUAAGUCCGAGCUCUGGCUGGGACACUCAUGGACAUUCAGAGACUUGUUCCGAAGCCACUCCUGCAUUGUCUUGGCUGUCUUGUGCUAGGGUUAGGGUCUUGUCCUGUUAGACUGGGGUGAAUGUUCACUUUCCGAGGUCCUGAGCACAGGUUCAUUAAGGAUUUCUCUGUACUUUGAUGAGGGGAAACAUUUUUAUAAAUCAACUUUAGAAUAAGGCUGUGACGUAACAAAAUGUGUCUGAUUACUCUCUGAAUUCACUGGAUCUACAGGGAGGAGACCAAGAAUCAGAUGGUCACUCUGACAGAGCUCCAGAGUUCCUCUGUGGAGAUGGGAGAAUGUUCCAGAAGGACAACCAUCUCUCCAAAAGCCACCUAAAGGACUCUGACCAUGAGAAACAAGAUUUUCUGGUCUGAUGAAACCAAGAUUGAACUCUUUGGCCUGAAUGUCAAGUGUCACUUCUGGUGAAGCAUGGUGGUGGCAGCAUCAUGCUGUGGGGAUGUUUUCAGCGGUAGGGACUGGGAUACUAGUCAGGAUCGAGGCUUUUACAAGUGUGUAGAUUGAUGAGGGGAAAAAAACAAUUGAAUACAUUUUAGAAUGAGCUGGAUAGCUGGAUUCACACAUCUGAAUUUGUGGUCACUGACAAAAUGUCAGUUGUAUUUUAUCAUUACAUUGUUCUCAUAUCCUGUACUAAAUGUAAACUUGAUUUUUAUAAUGGAUAAAGUAUGCUUUGUAUAUUUCUUUUAAACAUUUAGAUUUGAAAGGGGUGGUGCUUUUACAAGCCUCUUGUUUUUUUAUGUCUCCUGCACAUGUGCAUUUAUUUGGUCUUUUAAUUAUCAUAUUGUCUUUUUCUUGUUUAAAUAAACAUUUAAUAAUGUAACGUAUGUACUUAACAUGGAAAAUAUGCAGUGGUCAAUCUUGAGAAAUAACCAUUA